UAGAAGGUUCACACUGAUGUCAGUAUAUGGCACUGAUUUAAUUGUGUGACAAUUUGAUGGAUAGUGUUUACGUCACUAUGGACACCGUUUACAAUAAUAUUAAUAGUUAUGUGAAUAAUUAUUUCAUUUCUGUAACAUAAACAACAACGAUUUUAUCAAUGAAGGAUACUAUUUCGCAAACGGAAAGUUGAUCGUGACACAGACUGACAACAAAAGGAACUGCGUGACAAUAGUUGUACAUAGAAUUGUCUUUGUGGUUGUUAUCAUUCGUCUACGUGAUAUCUAGUUAAUAGUUGGAAGAUGCCUUCUCAGAGAGGGCAAACUGAGUACACGAAUCCAACCGGCAGCGAGCCGCGACUUCCGGGAUCAAGAGUCCAAAGCCAUUACCUGACGUAGACGGGAGGAUAUGGGGUGUUCCGUCUCUCUCGUGGACCGGUUCAAGACGGGAAAGAACUCCCAGGAGUGGCCCCUUAACCGCCUCCCGAGGGAAAGGCGGGGCUGGCCCACCCCGAAAAAGGUCACCAACAAACUGACCCCCAGGAACUGGACUAACAUCAACAUUUCACUGGGCGCCGGCGGAGGCAGUAAGCCGACAAGCAGUGCCAAGAGUACAGACAAUUAUUACAAGGACGAAGUUUUUCCUGCAUGUGACGAGUCUAUCUUUCGCAAAAAGAAGGUCACGAAAUCUGUCGUCUGGAAAAGACCCCAGUUUAUCCACGAGAACGCAAGCCUUAUCUCUGACGGCACGAGCCGGCACGACAUGCGACAGGGAGACCUCAACGACUGCUGGUUCCUGUCCACGCUGUCCGCCAUCGCCGAGAAACCGCAACUCAUAUCAAAGAUCAUCCCUGACGACUACUCAUUCGACUCCCCGAGCUACACAGGGAAGUUCCGGUGCAGGUUCUGGCAGUUUGGCGACUGGGUGGAUGUGUUCUUAGACGACCGGUUGCCCACUGUCAACGGACAUCUGCUCUUCGCCCACUCGUCCGCGCCAGAGGAGUUCUGGGUGUCGCUCGUGGAGAAAGCGUAUGCAAAAUUAAACGGUUCGUACGAGUCGCUUGAGUACGGAUUUGAGGCAGACGCGUUCACGGACAUGACGGGCGGGCUUGCGGAGUGGUACAACCCGACGGAACUCAAGCACGAGGACUUCUACCUCAUAAGGGCCGCAUUCCAAAGUGGCGCCGUCAUAGGCUGCCUAAGCGUGGACAAGGAAGGUCAGGCAGAGCGGGAGCGCCGGGGAAUGGUCUCCAAUCACUCAUACGUUGUGACGGGUGUGGAGGAGGUCUCCUACAAGGAGGGGACUGUCAAACUGGUUCGCGUCCGCAACCCUUGGGGCGACACAGAGUGGCAGGGUGCAUGGAGCGACGGGUCCGACCAGUGGAUGCAAGUAACGAAUGACGUCAAAAGAGAGCUUGAGUUGACAUCACAAGAUGACGGCGAAUUUUGGAUGUCCUUUGAUGACUUCCGGAAAGAGUACUGCAACAUGAUCAUCUGUAACCUGUCACCGGACUUUGAUCACGACGGCAUUAGCGAUAAAGCAGAGUACCAGCGAAGUGUACGUGGUCGCUGGAAGGCGGGCUUUAAUGCGGGUGGAUGGCUGGAGUGCUCCACCUUCUUCGCCAAUCCACAAUACAUUAUCACCAUUUACCCAGACACGAGCGUUCAGCGGCGGUUCAGUGGUCGUCUUCCCUUGGUCGUUUCCCUCCUGCAGGUGUACCGACGCCAACAGAAACUAGAUGGCAUUGGCCUCUUCGCCAUCGGAUUUGAAAUAUUCCAGCGCUACUCGAACACAUCGGGACGGAUCAGUAAAUCGUUCUUUGACCAGACGGACCCGCUUAUGCCGGAGAAUGAAGAGACGUACGCGGAAUAUCGGGAAACAUCAGGUCGGUUUUUCCUGGAUCCCGGCGAGUACAUCCUGGUGCCGACGACGCAGCUCCCGAACCAGGAGCGCUCCUACCUUCUCCGCCUCUUCUCCGUCGGAGCCAUGGAAUGCAGGCCAUAUGACAAUGUGUAUGAACAGGAUUGGGACAUUGAUAUAAGAUGAAGAAAGAUGAAGGACACGAAAACAGUAAGCCCGCGGAAAGGCUUGCCAAUCACUUUCUACCUCAAAAGCCUGAGACAAGCUCGUGUUAACAAAACAGUGCGUUUUGACAAAUGUACGCGUUAAAGAUGGACACGCGUUCAGACGAGCUUUCAAAUGGAUAGAUAUCUGCUCGCGUCCGGUGGUAUUCUUAGAAUAUGCACAAGAAAGAUGUCACUGCAUAUAUCAUUUAACGCGUAAUAUUGUGAGAAACUGAACGAGAACGAAGACAGGACAAGGGUUCAAACCUGCGUUAAAACGGAUAGGUGUUCGAAUACAUGCAGCGGUAUUGUUAGAAACUGCACAAGACCGAAGUAAGGACAAGGUCUAAGACAUGCGUGUAAACGAAUAUGUGUUUGGUAGCGUCCGGUGGUAUUCUUGGAAUCUACACAAGAACAUUGUCAAAACACAGGUUCUGAGAUGCGUUAAAUCGGAUAUGCGUUUGAUCGCGUGCGGCGGUAUUGUGUGGAACUGCACGAAUACAGUGUAAGAGCAGGUACAAUAACAAUUGCAGUAUAAUAGGGUGUAAAUGGAACUACAAAAACAAAACCUAAACAUGCGCAUGAAAUGAAAUCUCAAUGAAACCGAUGAAGUACUGAAUUUGUUAAACGUGGAUGAUUUACGUGAUCUUGUACGUACGCGUGGAUUAGGGAUAAAUGAGGAUUAAAACAAACAUUCAGAAUGCGUCAUAAACUGCCUUAUACAAUGAUAGAGUGAUACAGUCAAUGUGUAAAUCAAGAUUUCUUGAAAAAGUGAGAACAAAACAUACAAGAGGUAUGGAUACACAUUCGCAUGUUUUUAUGACAUUCAUUGUACAUGUAUUACGAUUUUCUUUACGUGAAUUAUGAUUGUGUCUGGCAAUCAAUUUAUCAGUAUCAGUAUAAUUACUCUUCAAAUACAAUGCUUUGCAUUACUUUUGUUUAUUUUAAUUUCCAACCUUAUUUAAACUGCGUCAAUAUUCCAAAAUAUAGAAUUGCAUUGAGUAAAUUAAGAAUGCUCGCACAUAGAUUAAACGUAAAAGGGGGUAGAUUAAAUAGAAAUUCUUUGAAUAAAAGAUUGUGUCCUAUUUUAGAGACGAAUUCCAUUCUAUUUUUAAAUGCCAGAUUUAUGUUGAAAUAAGAAAAUCAUUAUAAUCCUGGAUAACAUCGUCAACGACACUAUUUUUAAAGCUAUAUAACUUUCACAGUCAGAAAAAAGGCAUACUACAUAACGUAUCCAUCCAGGUGUUUAACGCUUUUGAAUUAAGAAAUAGAAAUGCUGAAAUGUUAAGCUAAUUAAUGUUCUCUUACCUGUCAUAUGUACAAAUUAGACAAUUUCCAUAGCUAUUGCACGCGAUACAAAAAAAUUGUAUGGUUUCACCGAUUUGCAUAUUUGCGAUUAUUGUUUGUUUGUGGAUGUUAAUUCACACAUGUGUAAAAACACAUUUUUAUAGGAAAAUAGUAAAACAAAAUAUUUUUUUUAUUUUUGAUAUCAACUGCUCAAAUGCUUUUUCUUUUUUUCUUUUGCAUGCAUUCAUAAAUUUAUAACCGAUCACCAUAUAUAUAUGCAGAAUAUACAAUUGAUCAAUGUUCAAAGGUCAUUUUUUAUUUUUAUCAUUGUGCAUAUUGUAUAAACUGUUUGAUACGAUAUAAACUUUGUUUUGUUCUGUUUUGUUAUGUUCUGUUCUGUUCUGUUUUGUUCUGUCAAUCAAUAGAUCAGUAUAAGAUAUUACAUGGAUGUGAAAAACAAUAUCUUUAUUUUUUUAAAUCAUACAAUCAUUGUAGAGUCUGCUUGCUUACACGUGCCAUAAUGUGUUCAAUGGGAAUUGCUAGUCUUCUGUGAUAUUUUAUAAUUUCAAUACAUGUACAUAAGUAAAAAAAGACAAAGUGAUGGCUUUCUAUUAAUUGAAUUUCUAUCUCCUGAUAUAAUUAUGAAGGAGCUGCUUCCAUAUAUACGAUUUCAUUAUUCAAUCCAUUUAAAUGAGCCCGGCGGAAUAGUUUGCGAAACCAUUUGUAAAUUGCCAUUAACGUAUCGUGCAAAACGAUAUUAUGUCGUUAGCCUGAACUAUAAGAUAUUGUUGCAAUUAAAGGAAUUUCUAAGGUUCAAAGCACUUGUUUUGUGUCCUCUUUUCCACUGAAACUUGUUUGGGUUGUUACUGCCGGCAGUUGGCACGCCAGGCACGGUAGGGAUGCGUGGCAGUUAUGUAAUACUGUCGGCUUUGUGCAAUGCUGACUGAGAUCUUUUAUGUAAUACUGCCGGAAGAAGACAAUUAUGAAACACUGCCGGCACAGCAGUUAUGUAAUACUGCCUGCAGUUUGCAGUUCGGGCAUAGGGUAGUUAUGAAACACUGCAGAUACCGAAGAGACUGCCGACGGAGAGCAAUUCCGGCGGAACUCGGUUUAGUUUAAUACAUUUAAACAAUAUUGCAUUCUUGUAUUGGAGUAUAAAAAGAGGAGGCCUUGGAAAGAGAAAGAGGAUAGUUGUUAUAAAUGUAUUUUGUUUGUGAUAUUGUUAUGAUAAGUUCCAAUAUUUAAUGCUGAUAUUUAUUUAAACGUUUGUUUUUUGGAUAUUAUGUUAAAAACGAAUAAA